AUGGAUGGAUUGUAUUUUUUAUCAGCGAUCACGGGCAAUAAUUGGUGGUCAGGUGAUUUGUUUUCACCGUCGAUGAAUGGUGUAGCAACAAUUGGUGAUGCAUUUGGUAUCACUCCUACACCUGCUUCAUCAAAUUUUCAAUCUUAUGGCGCUUCGUCAUCAAUUGCCGUUGCUGCUGCUGCUGCUGCUGCUGCUGCAUCAUCAUCAUUAACAUUAAAUUUAUUACCAUCAAGUGAUUUCAUCACGACAAAUUUACUAGCUAAUUGCGCUCGACAAGCACAACAACUCAGGUACACCAAAAAUAUUCGACGAUUCUCACCGCGGUACCAUUUUAGGCUUUUAUUAAGCUUUUGA